AUUUACUUGACAACAUGAGCACAGUUUCUAAAAGAAAUCUCAAAACGAAGUCUAAAUCAAUCGUCUCAAGCAAGUCCCAAUUCGAGCAAUGGAAGAAGAACAAGCUUGAGUCUCCAUACAUUUCUUACUACAGAGGUAUCUACAAGUUGAAGGAAGGCCAGAACAAGAUUGACCAAAUGAUGCUGAAUAUUAUGGCUGUACAAUCAGAACCAAAAAGAAAAUAGGUCUCUUAAAAAUCUCCCUCUGGAGAAGCAGCAAAAAGAGCUGGUUAAACGGUUCAAGAAGAUCAAGCUUCAAGAAGACCCUACUAAUGUUGAGAAGGUCAGAUCCAUAAGAGGCAAGGCUAGAGUGGAAGUUGACCUAAAAAAUACCUAUAACAAAAUUUCCGAUGAUAGAGGACUCCUCCUCAAGAAUCUAAUUUACUCUAAAGAUCAGGAUAUUGAUUCAGUAGUUGACAACAUUACCAAGACAAAGUUGAAACAGUCCAUUGAGACUAAUAUGAAAAAUGGCAAAGAAUUAGCCAAGAUCAUGGACUUUGACAAUUCAGAGAAGGGGUCACCUCUCCAAGCUUUUGAUAUCUCUAAGAAAGAGUUUGAUGCAUUCGGGGAUGCUAUUGCUCAAAAUAGGAAAUAAAUCGAAACUUAACUACACUAAAAUGAUCAACAUAGACUACAACUCUGUAAAUUCUCCCUACAAGCCAGUCUCUGGGCCUGGAUAUCUAACCAUGAGAGGGAGUAUGAAGUACAAGCUUGGCAGGUAUGAUAUCCUCGCUGAAAACGUGAAUGAAAUACAAACUCCAAAAGAUACAAUCCCAGUGGAUCAUUUUACCAAGAAAGAUAGGAAUAUUGAAAAAGAAUUCAACUGCAGAAUUGCUCAAGGAAACCAUAACCACAAGUUCAGCUUUGAGUUUGAUGAAACUGUGAAGCCAAUGACUUCAAGAGGUCAAGGAGACGAGAAGAUAAGCAUAUUAAUGAAUACAAAAAUUCAAGACCUUCUGGUAGAGCGAUCCAAGGUCUUAAAAGGUAACUGUCUUUACCAAAACUUAGAGCGGAGAAAGAGUUGUCAGACCCUACAUAAUUACAACAAGGAAAAAGCCUUGCUACCAACUGUUGAGGACUCUGAUUCUAAAUAAAUCAAGUCCUGCAGCGAGCUGGAAAAGAAGUCUGAGGAGGAGACUUAGUGCUAGUCAAUUCAAGCUUGGAACUCUGAUAGGCAAUGCCUUACAAAAUAGCGAUAACAGAGUCAACAAAGUUUGUGAGCGACAAUUCAAAAAGGAGCAAAAUAGGCAGAAUAAUAGCAUUGGAUUACCUUCACAGAGAGCAUAUCUUGAGAAGUCCAAAUAAGCAGAACUCCAAAUUUGCCAAGCCUAGCUACCCAGAAAUGCCAGCAAUCCUGAACUCAAAUUAUAGUUGUAAAGAAAGUGAGGAAUUCACAACGGGUGAAAAUUUGAACUUUAUCACCACAUCUGAUGUGCUAGCCACUGAUCCUAAUGGAGUGAAGAAGAUCCAGACUCCCAAGCGUAUCAUCGUGCUUAAGAAAACAAGGUUUGCGAAAAAGUUACGGUUCCAGUAAUAAGACUUAUUCCAUAAUUAUUUACAAAUUGGGGUUUUGGG